UUUCACCUAGUUACACUGCUCUCAGUCAGGACAGCGUAAACAAUCAUGGAGGUGGACAUGGCAUAUUUUCACAUGAUAUAACUUUAUAAGUCAUCACCCAGCAUUCCUGGUCAUUAAUCCAUCUCAUAAAUGGAAGGCAAGUGGGACGAGGUGUUCAAGUACCUCUCUGAGGGAAUAUACCCUUCUGGGUACAAUAAAUCCCAGAAAUUGAACCUCAGAAGGUACUCUGAGAAAUUCAAUUUAAAGGACGGUGAGCUCUUCUUUGGAGAGAGGAAGGCAAUAAAAACCUCAGCAGAUGCCAAAACCAUUUUUAACGAGUUUCACAACUCACCCAUUGGAGGGCAUACUGGAAUGGUAAAAACACGACAUGCUAUCUCCGCCAGAUUUUAUUGGAAGGGAAUGAGUGUUGACAUCGAUACCUGGGUGCUGGAAUGUGACAAGUGCCAGAGGGUUGGCCAAGCAAAAGCCGCCUCAAAGCCACUCCCGUGUAUUAAGGUGUCUGCCGUCUGGGAGCUGUUGGGAAUUGACCUAACUGGACCUCUGCCCAAAACAGCGAAUGGUUUCCAGUACAUCCUGACAGCUACAGACUAUUAUUCAAAAUGGGUCGAGGCUUUCCCACUGCGGAGCAAGACAGCAGCAGAAGUGGGACGCCAUGUGUGUUCUCUCAUUUACAGACAUGGUUGUCCCAAAAGGAUCUUGUCUGAUCAGGGAAGAAAAUUUGUUAAUGAACUCAACUCAAGCCUUUGUGAGAUGCUGGGCAUAGACAGGAGUGUGACAGCGGCAUAUCAUCCUCAAGCAAAUGGCCUGGAUGAAACGACGAACCACAACAUCAAUCGAGUCCUCACUCAGCUAGUGAACGAGAGGCAGGACAACUGGGACGUCUUCCUGGAGGCAACAUUGUUCUCCCUGAGGUCCACAGUCCAUAUAACAACAAAAAAGACCCCAUUUUUGUUGUUGUAUGGACGAGAGCCGGUUUUCCCGUCUGAGGUUCCUGUUGAUAUGCCGAGGGAGCUUGGUGACAUGAAGCAGAGCUCCCAGUUCAGGAUUCAGCAAAGAGAGAAAGAGGCGCAGGAGCUGAGACAAGCCAUUUUCUCUCUCACUCGUUCAGCUCGAGCCACAGCCGAGGAGUGCGAUGCCAUUUUUACAGAAAUGAUUCGUUCAAUGGAGCUGAAGCGCUUUGAAGUGAGAGAGCUGAUCAAGGCCCAGGAAAAGAUGGCCAUAACUGAGGCUGAGCAGCUGCUGGAGAAGAUCCAAAAGGAGAUCACUGAACUGAAAAAGAAUGAAGCUGAACUUGACCAGUUGUCCCGCACAGAGGACCCUGUCCAUUUCCUUCAGAGUUGUGAGUCCCUUCAUGCCCCAGCUGCUCUGUCAGCUUCACCUUCACUCAGCGCUGACCCGGGCCUGUCCUUCGGUCCGGUGAUGACAGCUGUGGCCGACUUUAAGGGACUCCUACAGGAGGUGUGUCAGGGAGGAUUUGUCAGCAUCUAUGAGAGAGUGAGAGCUAUAACAAUCGUAGGUCCUCAAAAUGCUGCCGCUCAGUGUAACACGAUGCUUGUGGGUCAGACUGUAUCAGCCAAGCUAACCGAAUCACCAACACCUGACCCUCCUCUCGGUCUUGACCAAACUCCCGUGAGUCCCCUGAGCCCCCUGAACCCGCUGAACCCCUUCCUCAGUCCAGGACCUUCUGUGCCCACCUUCAACUUCUCACCGUUUGGCUCCAAACUGUCGUCGGGAUCCAGGCCGAGACACCUCCAACGCCGCCCCAUCUCCAAGAGGAAAUAGCCAUCGGACUCAUCUUUUCACACGCACCCACACAGGCUGAAUGUCAUUUCACUCCCGUGCUGUCCACAUACAAAUCUGCACUGCCGCUCCCGAGCUGGACCUUUUAAAAAAAUAGUUAAUCUUUUGGAAUUAGUUUAAUUACUUUGUUAUCAGCUUUACUUGAAUCUUUCAUUAUAGACGGGGCGGCAGAGGCGGGAGGAGAGCAACACAGAAUCCCCCGUUGACGGUACACUUCACUAGAAAAGCGGGACAAUUAUUUUCAGUAUUAACAUCCGUUUGUAAUACAAGGAAGUUUUUAGUUUCUGUGGUUUUAUAAGCAUUAUUUAUUUUAAAUCAAAACUCUGUGAACAUUAAUUUUGCUUUGAAAAGUUGUUAUAAUUAGUAACACGACAAUAAAAAGCAAACGGUGUAGACUCUU